ACCGGUCAAUUCAGAGGAAACGAGAACUUCCCCAUGUCCACAGAGUAAUACUAGAAAGUAAGAUGGUUCCCUUACUGCUGUUACUGCUGCUGCCUCAAUCUCUUGCUGACCAAGUUUGUCUCAACAUUUCAAACGGACACAUGAACAUCACCAUGACGGAUGCUCGUGUUGAGGAUGGGCGGAUUUCAGUGAACUGCAUAUACAAUAAUUCUUCCUGCAUCUUCCUCUGCGAGUACCAGAAGAAUAUGUGUCUUAAUGGAUCAUCUUUUUGUUUUGAUGCGACAGUGACAAACAAGACGGAUCCUCCCAGAAUACAGUUUGACCUAACACCAUAUAUGAUGUGCAAUCUGUACCCAUGCGUAAACUAUAGCAUCUUGCCAUUGAUGACUGAGCUAAGUGGAUUAAGGUCUGACCAGAAGGAAAUGAUGAAACUCUUCUACGUGAGGGAUUCAUGCCCACAGCUCUUCGGUUACAACAGUGAAGUGAAGAAAGCCUAUAUAAGAGCGGAAUGCAAGAUAAUCGAUAACAUCAUCGAGACAACCCAGCUGGAGCCAGGAGACUCCAUGAUCUACGACAUGAAGGCCUUGACUCUGAAUGUGGUGAACAUCAGUGAGGCCAACAUCAGAGAGGCCAACAUCAGUGAGGCCAACCUCACCUUCAAGAUAGACGCUCCGCAGCUGCUGCCGGAGAACAUGUCGUUUAUCCCUGACAUUUGGCUGCCUGUAAAUGCCCUGCGCGCCAUCCCAGAGGGCGAGAGGGUUAUUGGGCUGGUCAGCUACAUGCAUGGCAGCCAGUUCCAAGUCAAACAGGAAGAGAUCUCAUCAAUGGUUCUCAGGAUAGAGCUCCAGGGAAAACAUCGCCUUCAGGAUCUGAAGACACCAAUCACCAUGACUUUCGGUAUUUCUCCAAACGCAAGAUUGGAUAAUGACACAUACUUACAGUGUCACUAUUUUGAUGAAAAUGAUUUCCUCUGGAAAACAGACGGAUGUGAGACCAAUAAUAGCCAAACUUACAUUAUUUGCAACUGUAACCAUGCAACACCCUUUGCAGUCUUAUUGAUGAGAGACCCAAUUACAAAAAUUCACUGGGAAAUCCUGUCAAUCAUCAGUUACAUCGGCUGCGGCCUGUCUGCAUUCUUCACUGCUUUGUCCCUCGUGAUAUACGUCUUCGGUCGGAACCACAGAAUGGAUUACUCCAUCUCCAUCCAUGUCUCUCUGAGCGGGGCCCUCUUUCUGCUCAACACAACCUUCCUGCUGACCGAGUGGGGGGCCAAAAUAGAGCUAGACUGGGUGUGUGUGUUUGUGGCGGCUCUCAUGCAUUACUCCCUGCUCUGCUGUUUCACCUGGAUGGCCAUUGAGGCACUUCACCUUUAUCUCCUGCUAAUAAAGGUUUUCAACACCUACUUCAAACACUACAUGGUCAAACUGUCUCUCGCUGGAUGGGGGAUCCCUGGUAUAAUCGUGGCAGUCUCUUUGGGAAUGAGAGAUUUGAAACAGUUGUAUGGACUCACAGAAAUGACUAUGGCUGAUACUAACCAAACUAACGCCAUCUGCUGGAUCACCGAUGACUCGUACUUCUACUCCUUGAACCUGGUGUAUUUCACUCUCAUAUUCAUCUUCAACUCUGGCAUAUUAUUGACAGUGGCCUCGAACAUCUGCAAGAUGAAACAAGUGUCUCAGGUCAGUUCGAAGCUUGGACAAGGGACUAAGGGGAAGAUGGUGAGAGAUUCCCAGAGGGUCAGAGAGACCUGCAGGAGAUGCCUCACUGUGAUGGGUCUCACCUGCCUGAUGGGGACCACCUGGGGCCUGGCCUUCCUGGGAUCAGGAUAUGUCAACCUCCCCAUCCUCUACCUGUUCUGCAUCCUCAACUCCACUCAAGGUUUCUUUAUCUUCCUGUGGAUCUGCCUGUCAGCCAAGAAGCAGAGGAAGAGAGACAUGGAGGACAGGCUGACGUCCACUCCUGCCAAGUCUUCAGCAGUCAAAUUUGAUUAGAUCCCCUUUCCUGCCAUUGGUCGGGAUGAAAAAGCCCUGAUGUCAUCAUAGAUAGCGUAGACACUCUGGUAAUCCCCUUUCAUGCAACCAUCUCAGAAACAGAAACUCCUGCAUGUCGCCCUCUCUCGACAUGUUGGGCUAAAAAAUUCCCCAAAUUCUUGAUGCAAACAUGGUUCUUUUUUUGUCAAGCUUUAGUAAGAUUGAAGUAACGCUGUUUCCUAGAAUAUUGCGAAUGUGUGUUUGAUUCAAUCAAACUAACAAAUAAAAAAUAUUACAAGAGUGAA